GCAAAGCACAAGCAAUAACAAAGCAACCAGAACCCAAAUCCAACCUCACAAACGACACCAAACCGCCAUUUCAACAUUGCAUCGCUCCCUCCUCCUCCCAAUCUCGCGACGCCGCGAGGACAACCCACCCCCGACCCCUCAACCCACCCUCAACCCCCUCUCUUACCACCACUACCCCAACCAGCACAAACCCACCGACCGACGACCUGAAAAUGCCCCCGCCAACCUCACCCCGCCGCAUCGCGCAGAUCGUCCACCUCAAACCCGCCGCCGUCGCAGCAUACAAAGAAUGCCACGCCAACGUCUGGCCCGAGGUGCUGCGGCAGAUCCACCAGUGUCAUAUUCGGGAUUACUCGAUCUUCUUCGACAACGAGCGGACGCUGUUCGCGACGUUCAAGUAUAUCGGGGAGGACUACGAGGGGGAUAUGGAGCGGAUGCGGGCGAAUCCCAAGGUGCGCGAGUGGUGGGCGAUGACGGAUGGGAUGCAGGAGAGUCCGAUCCCUGGGGCUGUGGGCAGUGCUGAAGGGCCGGGGUGGUGGAAGGUGUUGGAUGAGGUGUUCUAUACGGAAUAGAUUGGGAG